AUGUCUGAGCACGACGGGAAUCGAGCCUAUGUCAUCGAUUCAACCGAUCGGAGAGGGUUGAUUGUAAUCACAGCGACUGUGUUGAUGUCAUGGAUGAUACUGUGCUUCUGUAUUCGACUAUAUACUAGAAUAUGGAUUACUGGAUCAUGCAAAUGGGACGACCUUUUUGCCGGGGUUGGAACAGCGGUAGGUGUUGCUCAGGUUGGGGUUACGCUUAGAGCUGUUGGGAAUGGGUUAGGAAAAACAAACGAAUUGCUCAGUCCCAUUGAACUGAGGAGCUCACAAAAGGUUGUUAAAGAUGCAUACAUCGCCAACCUACUCUUGAUUAUAGGCCAUUGUGCAGCCAAAACAUCCAUCCUGUUCUUGCUUCGGCGGAUCCAUAGCGAUAAGGCGUUUGUGCGAAUCUGCAACACGGUUCUAACGGUUAUAUUUCUAUGGAUAAUUGCUUCAGCUCUUGCUAUGUCGCUGCAAUGCAAUAUGAGUGACCCAUGGUUCUUUGAUAAGCAAUGUGAUGCUCCAACACUUCGCUGGCAGAUUAUUGCUGCUUUUGAUCUAUUGAUUGAAAUUGCUUUGUUUGUCAUGAGCGUGUCUCUUGUUUGGAAUCUUCAUAUGAGGUGGACAGGCAAAGCAAUAGUUGUGGGAUCCUUUGGGUGUCGCUUACUUAUAAUACCCAUAUGUGUGAUACGGCUGUACUAUCUAGAAAAGGUUUGGGAAAGCUUUGACCCGAGCCUCGAAAGUGCGGAUCUUGUCAUUCUCAGCCAAUUCCUCCUUCAUUACAGCAUCAUGGCAGCAACGAUACCGUGCGUGAAGCCCUUCGUUAUAGCAUUUAAUACAGGAUGGGGUCAAGGCCUAUCGAGUGGUGGUAGCAAUCAUUAUUAUUAUAAGAGGUCGGCGUUGAAUACAAUAAACAAUCCCGCUGGGUCAGACCAGAAUGCCCGAUUGCCAAAUCCAAACAGCAGUUCCUUCGAAGACACAUAUCACCACGAAGCCCAUAUCUCUACAGGGGCCUCUCUUGCGUUUAUGAGGAGCGGGGAUGAGCGUUGUGAUUCAACGAGCAACUCUCACAUUCAAAACAUGACGAUUCGGCAGACUAGAGAAUGGUCGGUAGAGCAUGAGUGUAUAGAGAUGGAUGAGCAUCCGAGACAGAGAUAG